UUGAUUAAACUACAGUAAACUGCUCCUUGAAAAGAUCAGUGCAUCAGUUGAGCUUUAGUCAGCCACAUCAUCCUGUAAAUUGCUUUCAAGAUAAGCCAGUACAUAAAUUCUCUUUGCACAGAUACGUUACUUCAGAACAGUCCUCCUACAGACAGAAACAUGGCAUAUAAUGGUACUUGGAAAAUAGACAGAAAUGAAAACUAUGAGAAGUUCAUGGAGGCGAUGGGUGUUAACAUGAUGAAAAGAAAGCUAGGAGCCCACGAUAAUCUGAAGAUCACUAUUCAGCAAGAUGGAAACAAAUUUACUAUCAAAGAAUCAAGCAACUUCCGUACCAUAGAUAUUGAAUUCACUCUGGGAGUCAAUUUUGAGUACAGUCUGGCUGAUGGGACUGAACUUACUGGUUCUUGGAACAUGGAAGGAAAUAAACUUGUAGGAACGUUUACUAGAAAAGAUAAUGGAAAAGCACUCACAGCAUACAGAGAAGUCAUAGGUGAUGAACUUGUUCAGACCUACAGAUAUGAAGGAGUUGAAGCCAAGAGAGUCUUCAAAAGGGACUAAGUACUUCACCCAGAACAGCACUAGAAUAAAAAAACAAUGAAAAAAGAUCAUUUUUCUACAUAUCCUCUACUUUUUUUUCCUUCUAUCCCCUCACAGCACCUCCUAAGCUGCAAUUACUUAGCCCUGUUGAAAACAGAGGCUAGUUCCUUAUGUUUACUGUUUUACCUUGAAUAAAUAAAAUCCAAUUACAAUUUGAUACAAAUGCUAAAAUGUUACUUGUACCAAGUCCUACCUGAGUGCCAUACUGUAAAAGGCUGCAAAAACUAUUUUGUAUAAGCAGAACGUCAAUAUUUUUUUGCACUGCUUCUCAAAUGGCAACUUAGUUUCCUUACCAUAAUAUUUAUAUUGAUAAAGAGUUUCUCUGUGUAUUGAAUAUUGUGUAAUAAGGAUGACAAAACCUAAAAGAAACCUAACAACACCCAAGUCUCUAAGACUAUUUUAUGUAAAUAUAAAUAUGGAAUAAACAAAAUAUGGUGUGAUAAUACAGCUCACUUGGAGGACUUAAAUGAUAUCCCAUUGAUACCUUGCUCAUUUCAAUAGGAAUAAUAUA